AAGCAAAGGACAAGCCUCUCCGUACAGGAAUCCGAGCAGUUUCAGUUCUCUGUACAGUGCUCGGCCACAGACUCUGCAACGGUGAAGAUCUCUCUCACACAACAUGGAGAGCCCUCCCUUUAAAGAGUGCCUCUGCGAACUCUGCGACUGUGGGUAAGUGAAGUUCCUCUAGGUCAUGGGUAGGCAAACUAAUGCCCAGGGCCGGAUCCGGCCCAAUCGCCUUCUCAAUCCAGCCUGCGGACGGUCCAGGAAUCAGUGUGUUUUUACAUGAGUAGAAUGUGUUCUUUUAUUUAAAAUGCAUCUCUGGGUUAUUUGUGGGGCAUAGGAAUUCGUUCAUAUUUUUUUAUUUUUUCAAAAUAUAGUCCGGCCCCCCACAAGGUCUGAGGGACAGUGGACCGGCCCCCUGCUGAAAAAGUUUGCUGACCCCUGCUCUAGGUUUUGCAGGUUAAAUGGUAGCCAGUGACAAGGAGCAGCUGGCGAUGCGUAGACCUUUACCCAGGCCCCGUAUUCCCCCUUCCUCACUUCCAGGGGCGGGUCCACUCAACCCAAACCAUUUGGACCAGGUGCAAUGAAAAGUGUUGUUGGACUCCGCCUCCCAUCUGCUCUGACAGCCAGCGUGGCCAAUUUUCGGGAAUUGUGCAAGCUGUGGUCCGCCAACACUUGAGAGGGGCACAGCUUCUCCACCCCUGACUCAGAGCUUCCGUUGCUGGAAAUAGAUCUGGUUUGGCAUAAGCAAGCGAGCCCGUCUACAUACAGAAGAAGAAGAAAAACAGGCAGCAAGCAAGCCCAGCUGCAUUGCAGCACAUUGCAGAGAGGAUGGGCUUGGAUUUUUAAGGAAUGAUCCGAUCCCAGAGCCCUCACAGUGGUACAAAGCCUGGUGUAUCCUGCCCACUGCACCUUCCAUUUUCCAAACCAGGCCUUUAUCUAUCAAGGUGGGCAGAGAACGUCCAUUACAGAGCAGCCUAUAAAGCAGUAUAUGUAAAGGUAAAGGUAAAGGGACCCCUGACCAUUAGGUCCAGUCGUGGCCGACUCUGGGGUUGCAGCGCUCAUCUCGCUUUAUUGGCCGAGGGAGCUGGUGUACAGCUUCCGGGUCAUGUGGCCGGGUCAUGUGGCGAACCAGAGCAGCGCACGGAAACGCCGUUUACCUUCCCGUCAGAGCGGUCCCUAUUUAUCUACUUGCACUUUGACGUGCUUUCGAACUGCUAGGUUGGCAGGAGCAGGGACCGAGAAACGGGAGCUCACCCCGUUGCAGGGAUUCAAACCACCAACCUUCUCAUUGGCAAGCCCUAGGCUCUGUGGUUUAACCCACAGCGCCACCCACGUCCCGCAGUAUAUGUACAAAUAACAAAAAAAGUAUCCCUUUUUUCCUUGGCACACAGAGCUGUUGCCAGAGAGACAAGCCCCUUUGAUGCCACCUAGUUCUCAGAUGCUUGCUUGCUUCCCAUGCAGCCGCCACAAGUGCCACAGGAACUGCCGAAAGCAACGGGUGCUGCUGGCACAGCCGAAGACUGGGAAGGGCUGGCUCUCUCACUACAAGGCAACUUACACUUGCCCACCUGGUAAGAGGGGAAGGAGGGGCCCAGCUGGCCUGGGAAAGGGCUGGGUCAGUCCCUUCGUUUCCCUGAUCUCAACCAUAUCCCAGCACUUAACUGCUGUUCUUUCCCCCUGCUCCAAACAGCUGUGCACCCACGCAGCAGCAAGAGGCCCCCCUGCACCCCUCCACACCCAAAUCCUCCUCCCAUGGACCUCCAGACCACCCAGAGGGCAGAGUUUGUCGUCUGGGAUCCAGGCAAGAGAACCGGGCAUCCCAUGAAGGUAAAGACGGGGGGGGGAGGCCCCCUGUCCCCUGGGGUGAGGAGGAGCUCCCAAUUCAGCACGCAAAUACCUACUUAAUUUGCCCUCUUGCUUUUAGCACAUCUCAGGGGGAAACAGCUUCAAAUACAUUGAAGGGAAGAAAGGGGAGCUUUUGGCUGGAAUUAUUUCUGUUAAGGAAAGCGGGAAGAAACUAAGUUUUCUCCCCCGCAUCUCUAUGCAGUACCCUGCAUUGGUUCAGGGUUGCUUGUACAUUUGAUAAAGCACCCUGCUCCUAAACAUAACGUCAUCACAGCACUUCACAGCUUUAUGAACACACAGGUGAAAAGUUAGAGGCAUGCAGGUGAGAUUUACUGAGUGAGUUGUGGGGCCAUCUGCUUUGCAGGAGAGGGGAGGCCAGCACCCACAGGGACCCUUCCAGAGCCAGGCUCUCUGCCAGCUCCCCUUCCCACCACGAGCAUCCGCCCUCUCGCAACCUCCAAGCAAGCUCCAGCCCUGCAGCCCUGCAGUCAAGAACAGCUCCGGAAGCAAGGGAUUCAAGAGGGAGCUUCCAGACCAGCCAGGUAAAGCUAAAUAUGAAGAAAGCAGCAGCACGAAAACUAAGCUUGAUAAGGGGACAUUCAACUAACCUCAAAUACAGUAUUGGUUCUACCAAAUCAGAGCUACGCUGGGGCAGGAAUGGGAAGCCUAGUUGCACUUCUAAGUUGGAGGCUGCGUCAGGUGUUUGAGCUAAAACAAGCAACUGAAAUGUUUCCUCUCUUCCUGUAUCUGCCCCCACCUGAACACAGUCCAGACGAGUUUUUCCUAGGAUUAAACGCAGCCUUCAAUACAGGGGGAGUUGCAAGGCUGAGGAUCUGAACUCUUCACACCAAAAUAAAAGGUAUCGUUCACCAUUUUCUGCUCUGCAGGAGUAAAUGUCAUCACCACCCCCAGCCACCCCUUGCUCUUCGAGAAGGGGGCAUUCCUUCGAGAGAAGAGGGCCAUCACAAAAUCCUCAGAACCGGCAGCAGCUGAAUAUGUGACCAAGUACCAAAGUGAUUUCCCAGAACAAAGGGCCUUUCCUGGCCAGGCUGCACCUGCCCUGCCUCCUCUGGACAACCUGGCAAUUAACCCAGCUUUCAGGUGAGCAUCUCAGGUGCUGGGGAACGAUUCUGGAGAGGUUUGGGAUUGAGGAGAGACAGGAGCAGGGACUUCACAUGUCAGUCUGAUACCAACAAAACAAAACCACAAAGAGGCCAACGGCACCUUAAAGACAAAGCCAUUGAUUAUGGCGUAAGAUUUUCUACACUGGGCAAAUGCGUCAGCACCAAUGGGAAAGAAUAAAUGCACAGAAAUAGGAUUUCAGAAAGGAGAACAUUUCGACCUACCAGACCACUUUGCUGUUGAUCUUGGGGAGGCAGGGGGCCAUCCUCAGAGAAAGGAACUUCAGUGUGAAUCCGCUGGAUUGCGACUCAUCAGUAAGUUCAAUAACGUUCAUCUGAGUCUGAAUAGAGACCAUGGUUUCCUGCCCAACUAUAGGUGUUAACAUAAUUAUCUUUGCAGUGCUGAGUAAAUCAUCACCAAUUUGCUGUGUCAAGGGCUCCUGUGCCUGUUUAACAUACCCUCUAAGCUCUAAUUUAAUUAUCACUGAUGGUACUUUUUUCAUCUCAUGACUGUUCAACUCCCACCUUGCAUUUUUCUCCUCCUGCAUCUACACCCGUCAACUGAGAUAUCACUUCAUGCAUCUGAUGACAUGUGUUUUGGUCCAUGGAAAGUUAUGCCAUAAAUCAAUGAAUUUGUUAGCCUUUAAGGUGCCGCAGGACUGACUUUUCUUUGGCAAGUGGUUUAAAGUCCCAAGAAAAGUUCCCUUUCAUCCUCUCCCAGGACCCCUCUGCCUAUGAGAAAGUGCAGCAUCUUCUUCUUGGGUAUUGUUACAUUAGCACAGGUGUACCCAGGGCAGUUUUCAUUGGCCAACCAUGAAAAGGUCAGCGAGGUAAGACCAGGCUCUUUUGACUCUAAAAGCAGUUCCAAGAGGAUAAAAUGAAUCACUAUUCCUUCACAAUGAGAGAACAAAUACUGCUGCAUGGUGAAACUGGCUUAAAGGCCUUUCAGUAACACGAGACUUAACAAUGGGACUAUUCACUGCAGAUUCUCACACACCAUCACUUUUGCACAGAACCAACUUCCAGACUGUCCACAGAGAGAGCUACCGUAGCUGGAAUGCCUCUGCAUACUCUCGUGCCAAGCUCAUCACGCUGAAAAAGAACCGGGGGGCAAAGGAAGCUGGGAAAUCUGAAGAAGUCGCCGUUACCAAGGUAAGGGUUCAUCCCAGCAGCAAAGGAAGUUGGUAAGAGAAUGAGGGUAGUACUUUUCUGCUUGAAAUUUAUCUCCCCUUCACCCCUAAGGCUUAGGGAGGGAAACAGUGGAGCCCAUUGAAUUUCAAAAUAUGAGAGUCCCACUUCCUAUAGGAGGGAUGCGGGUGGCGCUGUGGGUUAAACCACAGAGCCUAGGAUUUACCGAUCAGAAGGUCAGCGGUUCGAAUCCCUGCAACGGGGUGAGCUCCCGUUGCUCGGUCCCUGCUCCUGCCUACCUAGCAGUUCGAAAGCACGUCAAAAGUGCAAGUAGAUAAAUAGGUACCGCUCCGGCGGGAAGGUAAACGGCGUUUCCGUGCACUGCUCUGGUUUGCCAGAAGCGGCUUAGUCAUGCUGGCCACAUGACCCGGAAGCUGUAUGCCAGCUCCCUUGGCCAAUAAAGCGAAAUGAGCGCCACAACCCCCGAGUCGGUCACGACUGGACCUAAUGGUCAGGUGUCCCUUUACCUUUACCUUUACCUUUACUUCCUAUUGGCAUCAUGCCCAAGACCUUCAGGCUACAUUUAUAGGGUAGCUUGAAGUCCUCAUUGCUCCAUUGGCUCUCCUGGAAUGAAGCCUAGUCACAUCCCAACCCAGUGUUCCACCUCUAAUGUGGGUCAGCUAGCUGGGCUAGCAGAUAAUUCCCUUCCCUGCCUCCUUCACCUACUUCUGCAGAUACUUUCUGAAGGGUUGCAGGUGGCGCUGUGGUCUAAACCACUGAGCCUCUUGGGCUUGCCGAUCAGGUCGGCGGUUCCAGUCCCUGCGACGGUGGUGAGCUCUCGUUGCUCUGUCCAGCUCUUGCCUACCUAGCAGUUCAAAAGCAUGCCAGUGCAAGUAGAUAAAUAGGUACUGCUGUGGCAGGAAGGUAAACUGUGUUUCCGUGCACUCUGGUUUCUGUCAUGGUGUUCCAUUGUGCCAGAAGCGGUUUAGUCAUGCUGGCCACAUGACCCGGAAAGCCGUCUGUGGACAAACACCGGCUCCCUCAGCCUGAAGCGAGAUGAGCACUGCACCCCAUAGUCACCUUUGACUGGACUUAACCAUCCAGAGGUCCUUUACCUUACCCUUUACCUUUACCAGUAUCCUUUUUGCAUUCCUCUCCUUUUGCAGCUUCCUUAUCACCUUCCUGUCCUCCUCAACCAUGCGGAGCCCAUUAAACAUCCAGGCACAGCUCUGAAAUCUCUGGCUGCCCAGUUUGACAACUCCACAGCACACAGGUUCUUCUUCAGGGACUGGGGAGCUCAGCCUCGUAUUCGAUACGGAGACCCCUGGGAAGGAAGCUGCACCCACUCCUUGGUAAGGGACCCAUUGAGCAGAGUGUGCUUUGGGGCAGAGCCGUAGCUCGGGGGCAAAGCCAUCACUGCACCCUGGAAUCCUGCCUAGUCACAUCCUCGAAUACUUAUAAGGCUCCAGGUCCAGUCUCUGGCAUUUCUGGUCUAAAGGUGAUCAGAAAGAUGCAUCCUACCUCAGCCCUGUCAGUCACAGCAGACAAUACUAAGAUAGACAGAGAAGUGGCUUGAUUUGCUGCAAGGCAAAGAGGGGUGGGAAGGCUGUCCUCUUCAUGGGUCAGGGAAGAAAAACUUGCCCCAAAUAGAUAGCUUCUGUGAAGUAGAAUCACCAAAAAGGGACAUGUUGCAGGCAAGAGCCUAAAGGCAUCAAUAGCAAACCCCAAUCUUGCUCAGUAGCUGAACAGAGGUGAAAAAGGCAGACCCCCCACCCCCCAAAAUUCCUGUUCCCAAUCUCUCAGGGCACUGGAUAUUUCCCAAGGGAAAUGCAACUGUUGUUCAAGCCCAAGGAAGUAGGAGUUGAAAUUGGAUCAGCUCUUGAGUGAACAAGAUGCACGCACACUGCCUAGCAUCAUUUUCAAAUUUCCUCAACGAUCUACUCCACUCUCAGUCCUUCCCAUUUCUAGUUAAACUACCUCUUCUGCAAGUAUAUAUGAAGCAGAUGUGAACGUGGUGGAUUGGGCUGCUCUCUCACAGGAAGCCGUCGGCUCCUCUCAUGGCUGUGGCUUAAGGUGUCAGACAAAGGACAUUUUAAUACUGUAUCCCAUCUCUGCCAACGGACACUGAAAGCAUCUGCUGCUUGUUUCUGUUUUGUUUCAAAAGGGCCAUUUUGGAAGCCAAACCACAACAUGCAGCACUUAUCUGCUGAAGAGAGCGGAGAAGGCCAAGAACUACAAGCCAGAACUGAAACCCACCCAGACUGAGGGAGGGCAAGAUUUUGCCACCAUCCACCGAGAGGCUUACAGGUAUCCAGCCAAAUAGUGGCCAAGAAAAGCCCCAGGGAGGCAUCCAAAAGUUUGGCUGGGCUGUUGCAGGGUAGAGAUUGGAACAGCAGCAGCUUAAGCAAGCUCUGCAUUCUCUUUUGCAGGCAUAUUCCACUCCCUGUCUGUCGACUGCAAAUGUACCUAGCCCAGCAACAGAAGUCUAGGAAAGAAGCAGACGACUAAAGUGUGACUGUGCCAGAAGGGUCAGACCUCAGGGACUAAUGGCUGAACAUCGUGGAUUUUAAAGGGGGUUGGAAUCUAUGCUCCUUCCCAAAUUAUAAAAUUGUACUCUCAAGUUCUGUUCAUGUUUGGAUAUUGCCAUAGCAAAAACACACUUGUGUUCAAUAAAAAG